AUGGGCAAGGGUCGGAAUCGCAGAUCUCGGCGAACUCAAAACGAUGAGUUCGACUCACCACCUCCACCCCGCUAUCAAAGUAGAGGUUCUUCGGCCUACAUACCCCCCUUUCUUCACUCUGGACCGCCUCUACCAUCCAUUGACAGUAAUUCCAACUUUGGCACUGACAAUCCCUUCCAUCGCCAUCGGCAGGCUCAGCAGUCUCGACCGAACCAGCCGCGGCAUCAAAAUCACAAUCAAUCUCGCCCUUACCUUCCAACAGCACAGAAUCAUCACGUCUUCCUCCAGAAGUCACAACGAUUAAAGCAAAGCCUCAUCCGUGUCUUCACUCAAGCUCUUCGGCAGAUCGAGCAGUGGUAUCCAGAUGAGAGUCCCAACGGUGAUUUGAUGGAUUGGCAACCAGAAGAUGAAUUUGUGAUUCCGCAGCCUGACAAUACUGUCUACAAUUACGGAAAUGGGGCUUUGCAAAUGGGGGGAUUUGGAUAUGCUAGGGAAAAAGUCAGGGAAGUCAUGUUUGGGACAUUUCCUUCUGGGAAGCUGAGAGCAGCGGGCGAUGUUGCAGUUUCAGGCACUUCAGGCUGUUCCACAGAGCAGGCCCGCUGGAAUGGUACAUCGAGACGAAUUCCCGACCCUCAGUCUGUAUCGCCUUUGAGCAAUGACCUGGGUGGCCACCACGGUAUCGCUUGA